GGAUGUGCAUCUUUUCCCAGCAUGCAGUAGAUGCGGUCAGCGCUGGCGUGAGUCCCAUUGGAGACACGUCCUAUAACUCCAGCCACUGGGACCUCGGCAGCGCUUUCUUCUUUGCUGGAACUGUCAUCACCACGAUAGGCUAUGGAAACAUCGCCCCCAGCACUGAGGGCGGCAAGAUUUUCUGCAUCCUUUACGCCAUAUUUGGCAUCCCUCUGUUUGGCUUCCUCUUGGCCGGGAUUGGUGAUCAGCUAGGGACCAUGUUUAUGAAGAGCAUUCUGAAGGUGGAGAAAGUUUUCAGGCAAAAACACAAGCAAAUCAGUCAGACCAAAAUCCACGUCACCUCCACCAUACUCUUCAUCAUCGCUGGCUGCAUCAUUUUUGUCACCAUCCCAGCAGUGAUUUUCAAACACAUCGAGGGAUGGAGUACUUUAGAAGCCAUUUACUUCGUUGUCAUUACUCUCACAACCGUCGGCAUUGGAGAUUAUGUAGCAGGAGGAGAUCGAAAAAUAGAAUACAUGAAAUGGUACAAGCCUCUGGUCUGGUUCUGGAUUUUGGUGGGUCUGGCGUAUUUCGCAGCGGUCCUGAGCAUGAUUGGAGACUGGCUCAGGGUUCUGUCCAAGAAAACAAAAGAAGAGGUCGGAGAGUUUAAGGCCCAUGCAGCAGAAUGGAAAGCAAACGUCCGGGCAGAGUUCCGCGAGACACGGCGGCGCCUCAGCGGCGAGAUCCACGACAAACUUCAGCGGACGGCCACCAUCCGCAGCAUGGAGCGCAGACGUCUGGGUCUGGAGCAGCGGGCGCAUUCGCUAGACAUACUGUCGCCUGAAAAGCGGCCCGUCUUCGAUAGUCUGGACGCUGGGCGCUUUACGACCUCCUCACAAGAGAGCAUUGACACUAAACUGAACAACCUGCAACUGAAGGCCGAGCGUGGUGAACAGCAGGCGUCCUCCGAGGAAAACAUCUUUAACCACUUCGGCUCGCUCACCAAACUGGCCAAGCACCACAGGAGCAAAGAUCUCUGCAGGAACAUCCCGGAGGAUGCCAGCAGGCUGGGCGACUUAUUUGUGUUUCCCAUCACAGGCUUGACUGAUGAUGAGGUGGAAGGUGUGGGUGGAGGUUUCAAAGCUUUGGUUUACAAGACAACUGAGAUGUUCUGGCCUCAGAACACUGGCAUGAAGGUGGAAGAUGAGACUCACACAUGA